AUGAGUGACAGAGCUGUAGCACCGUACACUACGCCUGUCGAGCUAAAUGGGGUCCAGGUGCACUUGGAAAUUGAUACCGGUAGCACCGUCACACUGCUAGGAAAAAAUGAUUUUCUGAAAUGCAAUGGCUCCGUGUCUGAGCUGGUACCGUCCAGCAUCACCCUAUCUACAUACACAGGAAAUCCAAUCAAAUGUCUGGGUGAAAUCGAAAUGAAAAUGGCUUUGGGUGGUGUAGAGGAGAAUGUUCUGGUCAGAGUUAUUGAAUGUGAUGGUCCUUCUCUCUUAGGCCGGGGUGUCUUGUCCAGAUUUACUUUGCCAUGGAAAUCUAUAUUCAAAGUGGGCACUGGCGGGCAAUCCACUACCGAUUUCGUUAAGAAAUACCCGAAUCUGUUUGACAACUCCACUGUGGGUACGGUGCAAGGGGUGCAAGUAAAGCUGCACGUGUCAGAUGAACAACCGGUCUACAAACGAGCAAGACCAGUACCUCUAGCAAUUCGACAGCGGUACAUCGACGCGUUGAACAAACUCGAGGCUGAUGGGGUGAUUGAGAAAGUGACGCAUUCCGAAUGGGCCUCACCAACGGUACAAGUAGAGAAACCAGGAGGAGGAUUACGGAUUUGCGCAGAUUACAGUGGGACUAUUAACAAGCAUUCAGAAUGUGAACAGUACCCACUCCCCACCCUCGAGGAAUUGUUGCACAAGUUGGGCCCGGGAGGGAAGUUUACCAAACUCGACUUGUCCCAAGCAUACCACCAGCUAGAGGUAGCACCGGAAAGCAGGAAAUACACCACCAUCAACACAAUUCAGGGCCUGUACCAGUACAAACGCUUACCGUUUGGUUUCCACAGUGCCGUAUCCAUUUUCCAAAGGGUAAUGGAAGAAACCUUGGUUGCGCUACCAGGCAGCGGCGGGUACAUUGAUGAUGUGCUGUGUACCGGGGAAAAUGAUGAAAUCCAUGAGGAAAACGUGGACCGGGUACUCCAUCGACUGGAUGAGAAAGGUUUCAAAUUGAAUCCGGAGAAAUUCUGUUACAUGGCUGAGGCACUCUCUUACUUAGGUCACACGAUCAGUGGGCAGGGCGUCUCCCCUUCAACAGCCAGGAUACAGGCACUGAAAAUGGCCAAACCACCACAGAAUGUUGCCGAAUUGCAAUCUUUCAUCGGUUCUGCAAAUUUCGUGCGGAAGUUUGUGCCUCAUUUCGCAGAAAUUGCAGCUCCUUUGUACGACCUCUUGAAAAAGGGUGGGAAAUGGCACUGGGAGACCACUCACGAGCAAGCUUUUGGCAAAUUGAAAGAUGCUAUGUGUUCAGAAGCCCUACUGGCACACUAUGAUUUACAAAGGCCAACAGUGUUGCAAGUUGAUGCUUCGGGAGGGGGCCUUGGCGCAGUCCUACUGCAGAAGCAGGAGAAUGGCGAAUUACGACCGAUCGCAUUCAUGUCGCGUAAGCUGACCCCAGCAGAGUCACGCUAUGCUCAAAUUGAAAGAGAAGCAUUGGCUGUGGUGUUCGGAGUGACCAAAUUUCGCCAGUACCUACUCGGUAGAGAGUUCAUAGUGGUCACUGAUCAUCGGCCACUCUUGAAGUUACUGGGAAAUCACGAGGAUGUCCCCACUCUCGCCUCUAAUCGAAUCAAGAAAUGGGCAUUGCAACUGGCGGCAUAUGAUUACGAAAUGCAGUAUCUCGCGGGGAAAGAAAACGUCCAUGCGGAUUUUCUCUCGCGACAACCAAUGCAAUCUGUGUUACCGAGCGAGGAGGAGACCGUCACGGUACAGGUCUUGCUUAUCGAGAAUGACUCAAUAAUCAAAGCAGCUGUGGUGAGAGCAGAAUCGGCAAAGGAUUCUGUAUUGGCUAAAGUAAUUCGCUAUACGGUUAAUGGGUGGCCUGCUGAAAUUGAGGAAGACCUCAAGGCAUAUGCUAGCAAGAGAAUGGAAUUGUCUGUGGAGAAUGAUAUCUUGUUAUGGGACAACCGGGUGGUGAUUCCUAACUCACUUCGAAUGCUCUUGCUACGAGAUCUGCAUGCAGAGCAUUUUGGCAUGGUGAAAAGGAAGCAAGUGGCCCGGCGCUACUUGUGGUGGCCCAAUAUUGACCAGGAUAUAGAAUCUAAAGUCAAUGCGUGUUUGCAAUGCCAAGAGAAUGCCAAAUGCCCAUCGGCAAAACCCGGUGUUUGGUCAUGGCCGACGGGUCCAUGGAAACGGAUACACAUUGAUUUUGCCGGGCCAUUUCUGGGAAAAAUGUUCUUGGUGGUGGUAGAUGCUUACUCUAAGUACUUGGAUGUAAUACCCAUGGCUCAUGCAACCAGUGCGACCACGAUUUCUGCUUUACGCCAUCUGUUUUCUGUGUUUGGUUUGCCUGAGCACUUGGUUACAGAUAACGGCAGUCAGUUCACGAGUGCGGAAUUCCAGGCGUUCCUGGAUGGCAAUGGCAUUCUACACACAACAACGGCACCAGGUCAUCCAGCAACUAAUGGCCUCGCCGAACGCUACGUUGGCGUCUUCAAGCAGAAGAUGAAAGAAAUGUCGAAUACUGGUGAACCACUCAACGUCAGGCUCGACCGGUUUCUCUUAGCGCAUCGAACAACGCCGACCACCAGUGGGAAGACGCCGGCGGAGCUGUUAAUGGGCCGGCAACCGAGAAUCCGGCUCAGUGCAUUGCGGCAGUCUGAGAGUCAUCGGCAGGUCAAGGUGUACCAGGAGAGCUUGACUACGCCAAAGUUUAACACCGGUGACGCUGUGUUCGCCCUGAACUUUGGUCGUGGAGCAACUUGGGUACCAGCUACUGUAGUGCAUGUCCACAGCCCUCACAGUUUCGGAGUACAGGUGGAUGAUGUCAUCUGGAAGCGCCAUAGGGACCAACUAGGACCGCGGGCGGUGCAGUUUGGCCAAGUACCCGUUUCGUCUUCUGCGGACCAGGCGGUCGCACAGCUGCCUACACCGACCAGUGACCCGCCGACAGUGCUAGAUUCUCCUCUACCACUUCCGGACGCUAGCAGCAACAGUAGCACUGUCAGGCCGGAUGAUACGCUAGCCCCAGCAGCAGACGCCGUUGGAGUCGAGACGGCUCCCAGUGUUGUUGCACCGGCACCCUUGCGUCGCUCCGACCGACAUGUCUCCGCGCCCAAGCACUUGAUUGAGAACUGCUAA